UCUAAGUGUGUCAGGGAGAGAGAGUGCUACGUCGUUAACCCGACCACACAAUCAUUAAGUCAUACGUUGUUGCAGAAGGGAGGGAACUCUGAGAGGCGGUAAUUAAAAGAAGAAAAGAAAGUAACGAGAGAAAGGAAAAGAAAAGAAAAAAAAAGAAUUGAGUAAGAGAGAAGAAAAGCAAUUUGAGUUAAGAGUGUUGUUUCUAUCUGGUAACGAAGCAGGAAGCGACAUCGUCUGUUCCUAUCGUCUGCUAAGCGUCAUUAGUUGGCGCGAAGUAGCGAGGACAUCGAGAGCUCAGCGGGCCGCCUCGGAGUACACUGGUGCCUGCACCUGUCUAGAGAUUCUUGAUCCACCAUUUCAAUGCGGACCAAAGUAACUUCUCUACCGACUACAUUGGAUUAGAAGAUGUCACAAUAAUGGAGAAAGAAUCAUUCCCGGAUGUAACUCUGGCCGAUACGGCAGCUAUGGAACAAAGGGCGCUAAAUCCUCCGACUCGAACAGACGGCGAGGUGACUAAAGAUACAUUCGUGGUUCUCAAACCAAAAAGGAGAAGUGUAAGAGUCUCCACGAGAAAGGUUCUCAUUAUAUCAUUCAUCGUCUUCCUCGUGUUAAUAAUAAUCGUGGUAGUUACCACACUUGUCAACAGAAAACUCUGCGAACUGCAUCGUGAGUGUAAAGGCGAGUUGGAAACUGUAUCAUCUGUGACCACAGACCCCAUCCCAUCCCACGACCACCUCCAACACACGCUGGACACCAUCAACUCCUCGGACCAAGAGCCGUGGUCCAGCAUACGUUUGCCUAGGUCAGUUUUACCCACGGACUAUCACAUCCGGGUGAAGGUCGACUUAAAGGAGCAGAUGUACUACGGUUCAGUGAACAUCACCAUCCGAAUCAACACCACGACCAAGUUUGUCGUCUUCCACCGAUGUCACAUCGACCUAGACAAUAGCAGCAUAGCUCUUACCUCUCCUUACUUCCCAACCAAGAACAUCGUCCGUCAGAUGCAGGUCCCCAAUAAAAAUUUUCACAUCCUGGAGACGGACAAAGAACUGACCGCUGGUAGUCUCUAUACACUGACCAUAGGUAACUAUUAUGGACCGUUGGUGAAAAAUUUGAGAGGUUUAUAUUUGAGCUCAUAUGAAAAACAAGAUGGCAGCGUGAGCUACCUGGCAACGUCUCAACUCCAACCUAUUGAUGCCAGAAGAGUGUUUCCAUGUUUUGACGAGCCAGAUUUCAAAGCCACAUUCAACAUCUCCAUCACCUACCAGAGAGGUUAUACGGCCCUGUCAAACAUGCCUGCGAUGUCUACACGAACUAUUGACUCGCAGUGGAAAGAGACGCAGUUCGAGACCACGCCUAUUAUGUCUACCUAUCUGGUGGCAAUAGUUGUAUCGGAUUUAAAGCCAAGGAACUUCACCUUUGAUAGCGACUAUAAGAAGUAUGAGCUCAGAAUGUGGGCAAGAGAGGAUGCUUACAGCCAAACGGAACAUGCUCUGGACUUUGGUAUAAAAACGUACAAAUAUUUCACAGAAUAUUUUGCCACCCCAGAUGUAGUUCCUAAAGCAGAUCACGUGGCUGUGCCAGAUUUUCUUGCCGGUGCUAUGGAGAACUGGGGGCUUGUUAUUUAUCGGGAGACUUCUUUGUUGUACGACAAGCAAGUGUCUUCAAGUCAUGACAAGUUUACCGUCACCCUGAUUGUUGCUCACGAAAUCGCACACACGUGGUUUGGAAACAUGGUAACAAUGGAGUGGUGGGAUGAUCUCUGGCUCAAUGAAGGCUUUGCCAGUCUGUUGAUGUACCUGGCCAUGGACCAUGUUUACCCUACCUGGAAUGUUUUUGCUCUUCAAGUUGUUGAUUUGCUGUCUACUAUGGUAAAGGAUGCCUUGACCACCUCCCACCCAGUUUCUUCCCAUAUCAUUGACCCUGAUGAAAUACCACAGCACUUUGAUUCUAUCUCUUAUAGUAAGGGAAUGGCCAUAUUACGUAUGAUCACUGGCUUUGCUGGUGCUGAUAAUUUCCGAGAUGGAAUUCGACGCUAUGUUCAAAAAUACAAAUUCAAAAAUGCUAGAAUGUCACAGCUUUGGGACACACUCACAGAAUCUUUUAACAAUACUUUUGAUGUUGCUCGUAUCAUGGAAUCCUGGACCUGCCAGAUGGGCUAUCCACUGGUAACUAUAGAGGAAGGAGAUGGUCAUUUUAUCUUACACCAGACUAGGUUUCUACUGGAUCAAGAUAUUAAAAAAGAACAUGAGACCAACGCUUCAGCUGAAUACAAAUGGAAUAUCCCCUUCACCUACGUCACACAGAGACAGUCUCAUAAACCAAAAACUGUCUGGCUAAAUUUCACUUCAGCAACAAUUCAUGAGCCUAAUGACAAGUGGAUUCUGGGAAACUAUGAGUUUAUUGGCUAUUACAAAGUGAUGUACAGUUCUCAGAUGUGGAGCUUGUUGGCCAAACAACUGUUAGAGGAUCACACAGUUUUCCCUGAAGCCAACAGGGCUGUUCUUAUUGGAGAUGCCUUUGCAUUUGCUAGAGCCAAUGUGUUAGACUACAAUGUGGCAUUGAAUUUAACAAGAUAUUUAAGUAAAGAACAAAGUUCAAUACCCUGGGAGUCUUUCCUUCACUCCAUUGAAUUCUUGAAAGGAAUGAUCUCCUACAAUGCAGCCUACACUCAACUACAGCAAUAUUUGAAAAAAUUGGUGGCUCCAGUAUUUGAAAUGGUGGGUACUGCUGACAAAGGGGAAUUACCAGAAAAAUAUCUACGCCGAGUCAUACUGUCAUUAGCUUGUGAUGUUGGUGUUGAUAAAGCUGUGGAGUAUGCCAAAUCUAUGUUUGCAAAUUGGAUGAAGCAUGAUGCCAGACUUCCCCCAGAUUUGUCAAUGGUCAUUUACUCUGUGGGUAUAAGAGAAGGUGACUCGACUGAAUGGGACUAUGUGUGGAACAAGAAGUUGAGCACCACUGUGGCCAGUGAAGAAAAUAUUAUGAUGGAGAGCUUGGUGUACACACAGAAACCUUCAUUGCUCUGGAGGUACAUAAAAUGGCUGCUGGAUCCAUCCAAAAUAAAACCCCAAGAUGUUCGUGUAGUUAUUGGCUACUUUUCUAAAACACCUUUGUCACGCAUGGUAGCAGUGCAGUUUGUGAUGAGUCAGUGGGAUGAUCUCAUUGCCAAAUUUAGUAAUGAUCAAUUUAUACUAAGGGACAUAAUUCAAGAAGUAACCGCCUUUGUGAACACAGAAUUUAAUCUUGAACAGUUUGAAAGAAUAUUUGCAAAAAACACUCCAAAAGUAGCUAGCAAGUCUGUGGAGAAUGCUUUGGCACUUAUAAGAGCCAACAUUGGAUGGAUGAAGACCAACUAUGAGAAGAUAACUACCUGGCUGGAACAUGAAAAAUAUUAACUUCAACCCUAGCAGGGGUUAAAAGAGGAAAAGGUUUUAUUUAAUUUAUUUAUAUUGAGAACAAAAAUGAGUUGAGUAAUUGAAAUCCAUUUUAUUUCAAUGUAAGAACAGUUUAUUUCAAUGUAAAAAUGUUUAUUUCAAUGUAAGAACAGUAUUUUUCAAUGUAAAUUAUUACAGAAAAGAAAAAAAAUGAAAUGCCUGGUCCUGCAAUUCUAUUACAAUGAAAAUGUAUUAGUCUGCUUGUACAAUUUUAAUUUUUUUGAACAAAUAUAAGGCAAUUAUCACUAGUUUAUAGAUUAGCUAACAGUAAAUAGCUGAAUCAUACAUUUGAAAAGUACACUAAUCUGAAUGAUGAAAUAUAUUAUACAAUAUUAACAUAAAGUGUCAUGUUCAAUACUGCUAUUGUUCACAAUUUAUCAAUGAUGUUUCUUUUCUUUUAGGACUUAACUAAAAAGCUAAAUUCAUUAAAUAACUAUACAUUGUUUUCCCAAGAUGUCAGAAUAUUAAUGAAGCCUCAUGACAAUUGACCAUAUCCGGCAUUUAUACUCUGUGUGUAAUUGACAUUAUGUAAACAUGAAAAAAAUGUAAAUAUUUGUUUGAUAUGGAAUAAUGUUAUUUUUUUCAUGUUUAAUUUGGUCUGUUACAAAUGAUAUUAUCAGAACAUUUUAACAAAACAAAAGAUGACAUCAGUGAUCUUUAAUUUAACUGGAUAUCACACAAAAAUGAAAAUAAAAAAGACAACAUUCAUAUUUCAUUAAUAAGGUAACAUAAAAAUAUUUUUAAAAAAUAAUUUAAAAUGUAAUGGAUGUCCAUAUUAAAUAUAAUUUCAUUCAAUAUUUAAUCAAAAUAAGAAAAAUGGAAGACAGCACGAAUGGCUUUUUGACUGUCAGGAUGGUCUGAACCAUCUUCUGUCAUCUUCAUCCCCAGCCAUCACACAGAAGGUUUGGACUAGGACAGUUUUCUUUUUUAAAACAAACCUUAGCUAACAGUUCUCAGUCAUUCCUAAGUGAAUGUGGAGAGAGUUCAAUCAUUACAGUAUUUUUUUAAAAUUAGUUCUGAAUGACAGCAAUAGUUUGAACUCUGAUAUAAAAUUGAUUAUGCACUAUGUUUCUUGUUGAUUUGAGAACCCUUGUAUUUGCUAAAUGUAAACUUAAUGAAAUGAUAAUCAUGAUGAAGCAUUGUAUAUACCUCUACAAAUAAUUCACAGUGGAAAUCAAAAUUUAACAAUUACUGUUUCAUUCAGUUUUAUCAUAUUUAUUAAAUUUCUAGUUUAACAUUAGGAUUUUAUUUUCUGAUUUAGCUUCAGGAACAGUUCAGUGAGAAAAAGAAUGUAUUAGAUUUUUUAGAUAUUAUUAUAUUAUUAUAUCUAUUUCUCUUACUCAUGCUUAGUUAAAUUUCACUUUGAAAAUGUAAAAGAAACAGCCUUAUUAUUUUUUUAAUUAUUUAAUUUUUUAAAUUUGUAUUUCAAUUGGCACAAAUAAUGUCCCUUCUUGAUUUAUAAAAUCUAGAUACAGGCUAUUUCAUUCUUAGUUUUUUGUCUUUCUCAAUCUUUUAACAUUUCAUGGUAUUUCUUUUAGUUAGAAAUCUACUUCUGUGAUGUACAGUCGACUUUAUAUCAAUCUCUUUGCCCAAUGUUUCUGUUCACUUACAUUUGAUUGAAACAUUUUUUCAUAUGUAUAUAUAACAUUUGUAAUUUCCUGUGUUCAGUAAUAAUUGUUUUUUUUUUUUUACUUUUUGAUAAACGUUGUCCACUAUAGAACUUACAAGUAGUUAAGAUGGGAUGCACAUAUCAUUAUGUGGUCUACUUUUCAUGUGGAGCAUAUUUUGUUAUGUUGCAUUGAGUUUUGUUAGCUUUUUUUUUUCUUUACUGCCAGGAUUUAAAAUAAAGUGAACAAUUUUCUUCCUA